UGCCAGGCAGAUGCUGGAAGUCAGCUGCCAAGCUUACGGGUGCAGUGCAAUAACGCUGAUGGGCAAAGUCACUGGGAUCCUGUCUUAAAAUCCACCCUGGAUCGCACGUCGCGGAUAACCGGGCGGGAUAUCGAGGGGAAAAAACGCAUGAUUUACCGUCUAAGUAUGGAGGGAUAAGAGGGCGUAAAUUGCACAUCUAAAAGUAAAACCUGUAGGAAUACGGAAUACUGGAUGACUCCGGGAAAUGGUGCACGUAUUGCCACUAUACUUGCAGUUUUCCAGUUUGGUCGACAUGUGGCGUCACAUUACGACUGAGAAGGAUUUCAUCGCAAUCGGGGAACAAUCGCAAUACUUUUAAAAUUGGCUCCUGCUAGGGUUUGUUAACGCAGCCAACGGAAGCAAGAGGGACCCCUACAAAAAACAAGAACGGAUUAAGUUUCUUUUUAACUGACAUUUCCUGUGCUGUAAAACACAUCAAGACGCUCCGAGUGAUUUUUAAAACUGUGCAUGCCAUUCAUAGUUUCAAAGUUCGCAAUCACUUAAUAUUUAUAAAUGCAUUAGAAAUGUGUUUUCUGGAAAGUUAAGGGGUGAAAACAUAUACACGUUUAUAAUGAAUCUCCCACUAGGAAACUGGUAGAGCUGGUUAUAGUGCUGGUUAUCGGUCAGCUUUACGGAUCGCCGACGGCCUCCCACCUGGCCGAUCCAACUGUAAGGUGCGGGCUGUAGGCGGCGCCACCCUCGCCACCUUGGCGCACACUUCCUCGGCCGCUCACGCUAGAUAAAUACAGGAAGAGGGUUACAGCAGAGCGGUUUACCAGCACAGUUCGGUGGAUCUAAUGAACCCUUCCGCAUGGCAGUGAAAGUCGGUGAUCGGCGCGUAUUUCCCUGCUACUUCUCCUCCUGUCAGCGAUUUAAAGUUUUUUCGUGGAACCUGAACAUGGACAAUAUCUAGGAACGCCUUGUUCAAAAGUCUCAUACCGCAGUGGUGCUUUUCUGAAUUGUCAUUUCUUUUCUUUUGUUUUCCCCCCUAUAAUUCCAUCAAAGGAAAAGAGCCAAAGCAUUAACUAUUAGAACCUAUUUCAUGCUGUGCAUGUGACUUGUGAUCUUGCCGUUUUAUAUGAACUUUUUCCGUCUCUAUCGGCUCCCCGACGCCGGCUGAGGAUGAAGCUGAGCCGGCAGUUCACCGUCUUCGGCAGUGCCAUAUUCUGCGUGGUGGUAUUCUCCUUGUACCUAAUGCUGGAUCAUCUCCAAUUAGACCACGGCAAGAACCCCAGCAACACCGUGGGCAAACUUCAAAACGGCCAGCUCUCCAUCCUGCAGGAGAAGAUCGAUCAUCUGGAGAGGCUGCUGGCAGAGAACAAUGAGAUCAUCUCCAACAUCAGGGACUCCAUCAUCAACCUCAGCGAGUCAGUGAAGGAUGGCAGGGGGGGACUAGAGGCGGGCAACCAGAGCAGGGCCACCAGGCCGGGCGCAGUACUGACACCCCCGCUGGUACUCCCUGUCCAGCCAGAGGACUGCCAGUUUGCAGCUAGGUCCUACAUCAAGUCUGCUGAAGGGGUGCAGAUGCUGGAGGUGUAUGACCUGCUGCCGUUUGACAACCCUGAUGGCGGUGUGUGGAAGCAGGGCUUCGAUAUCACUUACGGGCAUGAGUGGGACCAGGAGCCCCUGCAGGUGUUUGUCGUGCCCCAUUCCCACAAUGACCCUGGCUGGCUGAAGACAUUCGAUGACUACUACAAGGACCAGACGCAGCACAUCCUCAACAACAUGGUGGUGAAGCUGCACGAGGACGUGCGGCGCAAGAUGCUGUGGUCCGAGAUCUCUUACUUCUCCAAGUGGUGGGAAAGCAUCGACGUCCAGAAGAGGGAUGCCGUCCGAAGUCUGAUUGAGCGCGGCCAGCUGGAGAUGGCCACCGGGGGCUGGGUCAUGCCCGAUGAGGCCAAUGCGCAUUACUUCGGCAUAAUCGACCAGCUGCUGGAGGGUCACCAGUGGCUGGAGAAGAACCUGGGGGUGAAGCCGCGAUCCGGCUGGGCAGUAGACCCCUUCGGUCACUCCCCCACCAUGGCCUACCUGCUGAAGCAGGCCGGCCUGUCCAACAUGCUCAUCCAGAGGGUGCACUACUCUAUCAAGAAGCACUUCGCCGCUCAGAAGACGCUGGAGUUCUUCUGGAGACAGAAUUGGGACCCCGACUCCAGCACAGACAUCCUCUGCCACAUGAUGCCCUUCUACAGCUACGACAUCCCCCACACUUGUGGCCCCGACCCCAAGAUCUGCUGCCAGUUUGAUUUCAAGCGGCUGCCAGGGGGGCGAAUCAGCUGCCCCUGGAGGGUGCCCCCCCAGGCCAUCACGCAUGACAACGUGCAGGAGAGGGCUCUCAUGUUGCUGGAUCAAUAUCGAAAGAAAUCUCAGCUGUUCCGUACCAAGGUGGUCCUUGCCCCACUGGGAGAUGACUUCCGAUACACGGAGGCUUCCGAGUGGGACCAGCAGUUUCAAAACUACCAGAAGCUCUUCGACUACAUGAACUCGCACCCAGAGCUGCACGUGCAGGCCCAGUUUGGCACCAUCUCCGAUUUCUUCGCUGCCUUGCGGGCUGCUGCAGACGUCGACCCGUUGACCAGCAGCUCGCCACUGCUCCCGGUGGUGAGCGGGGACUUCUUCACCUAUGCGGACCGGGACGACCACUACUGGAGCGGCUACUUCACCUCGCGACCCUUCUACAAGCGGCUGGACCGGCUGCUGGAGUCGCACCUCAGAGCGGCAGAGAUCCUGUACUCUUUCGCCCUGACGAGCCUUAAGAAGCACAACAGAUUAAAUGAUUUUCCUUCUGUCGAAAAUUACAAAUUGCUGACAGAAGCCAGGCGGAACCUGGGACUCUUCCAGCACCACGAUGCCAUCGCAGGAACUGGGAAGGACUGGGUGGUCAUCGAUUAUGGGACAAGGCUGUUUCACUCCAUCCUGAAUCUGAAGCACAUAAUGGUGAACUCAGCCCAUUGGCUGGUGCUGAAGAACAAAGGGGAGUACAGCCAUCAGCCAUCCGUGCCGUUCCUACAAAUGGAUGACGUUCAGCCGGCUCAAGAUGCUUUGCCUCACAAGACUGUCCUGAAGCUGAGUGACGUCUCAAGGGUCCUGGUUGUCUACAACCCCACAGAGCAGGAACGCUUGACCAUGGUCACUGUUUAUGUGAACACCCCACGGGUGCGAGUCCAGACGGCCGCUGGGCACACAGUCACUGCCCAGGUCAGCGCAGUUUGGGAGGAAGCCACCAGGGCCUCCAGCGAGGCCUUCCAGCUCUCCUUCAUGGCACACACUUCUCCAUUGGGCUUGUCCCUGUACCACCUCAGCGAGGCACCUGAGGUCAGGACUUCCCCAGCCAGCUACACCUUCUACCAGCAGGGCGGCGACGUGUCUGUGGCAGGAACUGGGCAGUUCAGGGUCAAUGUGCUGCCAGGAGACUCCACAGCGUUUACAAUCGAGAACUCCUUCCUGAAGAUUUGGUGCUCCUCAAUGUCGGGUUUGAUGGAGAGGAUGCAGUCCAAGGAAAGUGGUGCCGAACAGGAGGUGAGACUGGCCUUUGUGUGGUAUGGAACCACCAGUAACAGGGAUAAGAGUGGAGCCUACCUAUUCCUGCCCGACGGUGAGGCCAAGGAAUACUCUCCAAAGGGCCCUCCUGUGAUAAGGGUGACCAGAGGAGCCAUCUUCUCUGAAGUGGUGACCGUGUUUGAACAUGUGACUCACAGUCUCCGCCUCUAUAACAUUCAAGGUGUGGAAGGCCAGUCCGUGGAGAUCUCCAACACGGUGGACAUACGUGGAGAGUUCAACCGUGAAAUCGCGAUGAGGAUAACGUCAGACCUGAACAGCAAUGAUCGAUUCUUUACAGACCUCAAUGGUUACCAGAUCCAGCCGAGAAGGAUGAUGGCAAAACUCCCACUACAGGCAAACUUCUACCCCAUGACCACCACAAGCUACAUUCAGGACGAGCAUCUGCGGCUCACCCUGCUCACAGCCCAGUCUCUGGGGGUAGCAAGCUUAAAAAAUGGUCAGCUGGAGGUCAUCAUGGACCGGCGCCUCAUGCAGGACGACAAUCGCGGCUUGGGCCAAGGUGUCCAGGACAACAAGAUCACGGCGAACACCUUCCGGCUGCUACUGGAGAGGAGAAGCUCAUCAGAUGUGAGGGAACAAGUCCGUCCAUCCAGCUUCCCGUCUCUGCUGAGCCACAUCUCCUCGAUGUUCCUGAACCACCCUGUCAUCCCCAUGGCUGUCGGGCUGUCUUACGGGCACCUGCACACUGCCCCCUACAGGCCACUCAGGUCAUCGCUGCCCUGUGACAUCCACCUGGUGAAUCUGCGCACCAUCCAGGCUGGGGAGGGACCAGGCCCAUCGGACGAAGCGGCUUUGAUUCUGCACAGAAGAGGGUUUGACUGCGCGUUCGCCAGCAGGAACACGGGGCUGCUGUGUGCAACCACUUGGGGGAAGGUCGACACGGAAAAGCUGUUCAGCGAAAUGACUGUGGCGAGCAUCAGACCAGUGUCGCUGACGCUGAUGCACGAGUCGUCUAGUGAGAAGGCCGGGCGGGAGGUCCAGCUUAAACCCAUGGAGAUCGGCACGUAUCGGGUCCGCCUGAGCUGAGCCCACAUGGCAUCGUGUGCUGGAAUCCCCGAGGCCCCCCCUUCAUCCUCUACUCCCUGGCAUUGUGAGCAGUGCUGUAGCCAGGAAGCUGCACCUAUCGAAAUAUUGAGGAUUGUAGUUUUACUGUAAUGUGCAAUACAAAUGUAUUAACAGCCCCUCUUGACACUCAGGUCAAUUCAGGUCAUAGUUAAACUUCACUUUAUCGGGACGCAGAUGGAAAUACUUGUUCUCCUAAAUUGUAAAACAAAAAACAUGAGAAGUAAUGCUUGAAAGGAUGAGCCUCUAAUCCACAUAAGGACGGAGACAUUAGUGUUCAGUAAUACCCCAAAUUUAAGAACAUUUGCUUCAAGCUGGAUUUUUUUUUUUUUUUUUAAAUAAUUCCAAAGUUAACUUGUGAAAAGUUCUAAUGUGCCUUAUAUUUCCGAUUUCUAAUGAAUGUUUUAUUCUUUUCUGUACUGGUCUUUGUAUUUUUUUUUUUGUUUGUUUAAUGUCCCAAGUUUAUAAUCAAUGCAACUAAAUGCAGCUUUUAAUGUGUGAUCACAUGAACUGUUAUAGGUCUGUUUUUUGACCUUGAAAUGUCUAGCCGCUCUCCUGUUGUCGAUUUCAUGAAAUCAGGUGUUCAUCCUUGUUUAUCAACCGUUUUAAUAUGUAACCAUGGUUAAAAAGGUCUGCGUCAAACUCACGAAUGGAAAGGUUUGUGGGCGUGUUUUGGGGAUGCCAUCAGAUAAAGUUCCAUUUGUAUACAUUCUGAUAAAUAGAAUUCUAUUUUUUUAAUCUGAAAGUGAGCUUUGGCUGAGAGAACCAUGCUUUGUAUAUGGCCGCCGGAUUGAGAAAUGAGUGAAAAUUGAGAUGAGUGUUUUCUGUCCAUACCAUUUCCUUCGCUGGCAUGUCCCAGACAUUCUCUAUGCAGGGCAUUUCUGACAGAACUCGUGCCUGUAUUGUCCUUGUUUAAGGUGAAACGUCACUGCUCCGUCUGGUAGCAUGGGGUUAUGGAUUUUGAACAGAAUCUACCGCUAACUUAGAGGCUGACCUGAGUUUUCGUGUAAAUUGGGCCAAAUCCAAAACUUAUGAGAUUAGUCUUAACUUAUAAUACUGCUAGUGUUCUGCAUGGCUCGAGUUUCAGUAGGGUGGAACUCAAGAACAUUUUAAAAGGUGCUCUGACUGUUAAUUGUGUGCCAUCAAGUACCUUCUGGAAAGAUGUAUGUUUGAGAAUUCCAAACAUACAGUACGAGUUGAAGUAAGGGGUUUGUCUAAGGAACGCUGACAACCAGAGAGCUACUGAACCCUUACUGUUGUGUUAUGCCUUUCCCGUAACAGAGAUCAGGGGUUUUGCCAUCUCUGUCAUACUGUUGCCAUUCCAGGAACCUGACACUUUUCCAUUUCCAGUUAUGGAUUAUUACUUAACAAGAGAGGGAAAAACUAGGAAAAAUAUAACAGGAAGCCAGCUUUGACUAUAUUGACCAUUUAGUUAUUUUCUUGCUUCUGAUAAGAAUCCUAAAGUUCUGUGUGUAAAUUUGAAACAUUCGUGUAAUAAUAUUCACUGAAGUGGCUGAGAAAUGCCUUUAAACAUAACCUGUAAUUCAUCUUUUCUAAGAAUUUUCAAUAUGCAUUUAGACAUGCUUAAGGCGCAUUUGCAAAGGAUAACCUGAAUUCAAGUUUUGUAUUACCAUAAAUUGAUUAAGAUUAUUUCAAAAGUCUGUCUGUGGUAAUUGAAAGUUGAGCUGUUUUUUUCAGACUGGCAAAGUAUGUCCAGCAUAUUGUUACAUGGGUUCACAAAUGGAUGCAUUUUCAAAUCCAAAUUAUUCCUUCUAGUAGUUUUGUCUUUCGUUGUGCAGAAUCAGCAUUUUCUGGAUGUUUGGGCAAAGGGUCAUAAAGUGAAAAUAUUUGUUUCAAGCAGUAAAAUGUUUUGCUUUUUUAUGGUCUAUGGCCAGUUCAUGCUGAACAAACUAGUUUUGGUAAUCCAUGUUUUGUAUAAAAGGUGUCAAACUCCAGUCACUUUAGGUUUUAUCCUGUCAAUGUCUAUCAUUGAUUUUGUUUCCCAUCGUCAUGUUUAUAAAAGCCUUAGUUAGACGUUGAGCUGGCUAGCAGGCCACAGACAGACAAUGUAUAACCGGGCUCUACCUGCCAAAUAAAAAAUUAAUUUUGAAGAA